GCCAUUUGCCAAGAUAAAAUCAACAAAACCUAAAUUCAGAUCCCAACGAUCCAACAAGAAAUGUUUAAUUACUACCACCACCACACCCCAGCACCAGGCCACGUUUUCAACAUUACACCAUCGUAGCCAGAUUCAGUCAACAAAACAUCGCUAUCUUCCAUUAGGAUUCCUUCUCUCCACGUAAAUUCCAACUACCCAUUUAUUGUCCGACGGAUUCUACAACCAAUAACCCAAAUCUGUUGAGGGGCGGCAUUGAUUCUACAGGUCGUUUCCAUGGCGGUUUCAAAGCUUCACAUCCUAUUAGUUUCAGUCAUUUUUGCCCUAAUUUCGACUCAGAUAAGAUCGGAUGAUGCCGUUGAUGGAGUUGCAGUCGGAUCCGAUAAUUCCGAGGCGUUUCAGGUCGAGUUGGAUAAGCUCACCUCCAAGAUCCAAUCACUUGAAUCACUUGUUCAAAAGAAGACUGAAGAAUUAAAAAGCAAAGAUGAGAUAAUUACUGGGAAAGAGAUGGCGAUUGCAGAGAAAGAGAACAUGAUUAAAGAGAAGUUGGAUAGCAUUACUUCAUUGCAAAGUGAGAUAACUUCUCUUAAGGUUAAAGGGUCUUCCGAUGCUAAGGAGCAGAUCCAAAAGGCUAAUACACGAUCACAGGAGUUGGAGAAGCAGGUGGAGAAACUUCAGUUGGAAUUGGACCUCAAGACUAGAUUAAGGGAGGCGUUGGAAACUCGAUCAAAAGAAUUGGAGAAGCAGAUGCUCGACAUGAAUCCAAAGCUUCAGAAUCUUCAACAAACUAUUGAAGAACAGAAGUCAAAACUUCUUAAAACCGAGCGUGCUCUUAAAGUUGCUGAGGAGGAACUUAUGAAGACUAAGGAUGAAGCUUCACUGAGAAUUAAAGAACUCACAGAGGUUCAUUCUGCAUGGCUACCACCAUGGCUUGCAGCUCAUGUGUCUUGUUGUCAGUCUUAUGUGGAAACUCGUUGGAAAGUUCAUGGGAAACCUGCACUUGACGCUUUUGCACAGAAGGCUUUGGAGAAGAAGGCACAAGCCGAAAAGUGGGCUGAACCUCAUAUGGAGACAAUCAAAACUAAGUGGGUCCCUGCUGCAAAAGAACAAUGGGCAAUAGUGAAAACUAAUGUUGAACCACGUGUGAAAUUACUGACCGAAAAGACCACAGAGGUUUAUGUUAAAUCAAAGGAGGUUCUAGCCCCACAUGUGAUUAAAAUAAAGGAAGCAGUAGACCCUCAUUUUCAGGUUGCAAAGAAGUUCUGCAAGCCAUACAUUGAUCAGAUUGCUGUUGCAACAAAGCCGCACCUUGAUAAAGGACGAGAGUGUAUGGAACCCUACACCAAGGAGGCAGUCCAAGCUUAUGGGAAGUUUCUUGAAUCUGCAACGAAAUACCAUAAUCAGGUUCAAGGCACCGUUGAAGAAUCACUGAAAAAGCAUGAACUUACAAGAUCUCUUGCCACCAAGGAGCUUAUAUGGUUUGCUGCCUCUGCAGUGUUCGUACUACCUUUCAUCAUUUUGUUCAGAACCUUAUCAGUGAUCUUUUUUGGAAAGGCUAAGAAGCCCAAUAGAAAUAGCAAGCCAAGCCAUUCACGUCGCAAGGCUAAACGAGGACAUUCAGACAAGUAGUCAAUAUGCUCAUUUUACAUGAAGUUUAGACUUCACGCUCUGCGGCUGUUGUGGAGUGUGUUUUUCAGGAGCGGCUGUUUGUGGACGUCUUUAACGUCUGCUUCACAUAGAAAAGAAAGAAGAGAAAAAAACGUGAAACGGGUUUUAACGUUAUAUGGCGACUGAAGUAGAUUGUUAAGGUUAGUAGUAUGGACAUGUGUGUGUAUGAUGUAGUUCAUCUGCUUGUAACUUAUUAUUUGUUUCAAAUCCUUCUCCAUUCAUGGUUCUGGUGAUUGACUGCCUUCAAUAAUCUUUUUGUUCCGUA